ACGCAGACGGCGCUCUGCAUAGGAGCUGUCCAGCGUCUCGGUGCUGAAACUUGCCCUGGCGGCUCUCAGCGAGCAGCAAGAAGGUUUGGUAUCUGUUCAACAUAAGGCUUAAACCCCCCAGCAACGAAGGCCUGGCUGAUUCCGAUGCGUCAGUACAUGGACAAAGGUCUGCAGAUAAACAGAGGAAGAAGGAACGUGGCGAGAACGAAAGGGGGACAGAGAGACUGAGUAAGACUGUGGAGAAGUGCUCGCUCUCUCAGCAUUAUGUCCUGGUCUCUGGACUUGGUGCCGCUUCCCCCGUGUUCAGUGUUGGGUGGUCCUCCUUUCAGCGGGCUCCUCUGGACAGUCCUGCUCCUUUUCCUCUGGUACUGCUAUCGCGUCGGAUCUGACCCUCCAUCCCACUCUGGAAUGCUGAAAAGCAGUUCAAGCCGUUCCUCAUUCUCCCGAUCAUCCAGCCGUUCUCCGGUUGACCCAGGACUGUCUUCCCCUAAAUCAUCAGCGGCUAUUAGCCUGGAGGCAGCGGAGGAAGAGGAGGGAACAGAGAGCUACUUGACGCCGGUUUUGAGCCACUCUCCAUUUCCUACGGAUGCUGCGGCAGGGAGCAGGAAACUCUAUCGGGCACUACAAGAGUACGCCAAGCGCUACAGUUGGGCUGGCAUGGGUCGAAUUCACAAGGGCCUGCGCAAUCAGGACAGAAACAACGAUCGGCCAUCCAUUCAGAAGCCUCACCUCUUCUACCUCCCAGAUGUUCCCAGCAUUCCCUUCUUUCCCAGGGAUGCCCAUCGUCACGACAUUGAGGUUCUGGAGGCCAGCUAUCCCAUAAUCCUUGCAGAGUUUCAGGCGGUCUUCCAGAAGGGCAUCGACUCAAAACUGGGAUGGAGCUACCAGGGACCAAAGGGCCAGACUGUGUUCCCGCUCUACAAUGCCGGUGUGUGUGUGGCGAGUAACUGCAGAGCGUGUCCAUGUUCAUACCGAACCCUCCUCUCUCUCAGAACCUUCAUCAGCAGCAACUCUCUGGGCUCCGCCGGCUUCUGCCUCCUGGGGCCCGGGGCCACACUGGCAGGCACUUACGGCCCCACAAACACACGCCUGCGAUGCCAUCUGGGUCUUCAGACUCCUGCUCAGUGUGAGCUGGUGGUUGGUGGAGAGCCUCAGUGUUGGUCAGAGGGACACUGCCUCCUUGUGGACGACUCUUUCCUGCACACCAUCUCACACAACGGGGCAGCAGAGGACGGUCCUAGAGUCAUCUUCAGUGUGGACCUAUGGCAUCCCAAUGUGGCCGCAGCCGAGAGACAAGCUCUAGACUACAUCUUUGCACCCGAGCAGUAAAUCCAGCUGCACUUCCCAGGAUGCACUGCUCAAACCCCUCUCAUGUCAUAUUUAAAUGCAGAAAAUGUGUUUCUGUUUUGUUUUGUUGUUGAAAAUUCAUAUUGAUAAUACUGACCAUUUAACAGCCACAUCUUUUUAUGCACCUCUGUUUGAGUUUUAGACAAAGUAGACAGACAAAUCAGACGACAUAUGGAUCAUAUGUUGAGCCCUGAGCACACAGAUACUGUGAUGACACGUGACGAACAAUUUCAUAUCUAUAUUUGACUUGUGCCUGUCUUGAUAAUCCCACGCUCCUGUUCUCUCGUUUUUGUGCCUGAUUUCUCCUCCUGACCUCUCUGAUGUUAUACUGUGAUUCAUGAUUCUCCGUAAAUACUGUACGUGUGUCUCAUGGCUAUGCUAUUUAGUUGUUUUUUUUAUCUCAUCAGUUAUUUUUUCAGACCUGUGAAGCACACCGAACACAACAUACUGUGUAUGACCGGACUACUUGCAUGCGUUGUGAAUUUUGAUCGUGUUGCCAACAAUGCGCUUGAUGACUGUCCUGCAAAUCAAGUAUGUAUUCA